AUCGCGAAGCCUGUGCUGUAAUUUCGCUUCUACGAUUCUGGCUCACAAAAUUUAUGUUGACUGAACAGCUCCUACCGUACUGUAUAACCCUUGCAAGUCUUUGAGCGUCUCUCUGAGCAUAAAAAGCAUACAAUGGAUCAUACUAAGAAGUCUUGUGUCGAUGCCAUGGAAGGAAGUCCGUCUGCUUCAGAUUGGCGGCUAUCUGAGUUUCGGACUGUCGCUGUCUCUCGUUUUAUUAAUAGUAAGGAAACCACGGCGGUGUUUGGCCCGGGUCGAGGUUCGAUACAUGUAUCCUCGUUGGACUACGAGUACACGUACGAAGAUGACACUCUGUCGACUACGAGCCUGAGCAGUACAUGCAGCGACAGCAGCCUUACUAGUAGUACUAGUAGUACGGUGAUCACGAGUAGAGAGGAAGAGCUGGAAAAUGCCUUCAACGCGUUUUCGGUAAGACUCGACGAUUCCACGGGAAAUAUUCUCUUCUGCGUAAAACUGCCCGCUGCGUUCCCCGUACAAGACCUUACGGUAGACGUGCAGAACGGGGUACUCCGCGUAAGGGCGGAAAUACCUUCUAGUCUGUCGUCAGAGCAAGAGCAUGUGUCUGAUGUGCAUUACGAGGAUCAGGACUCCAUCAGCGACAUCAGCGACGUUGACGGCAUUUUCACAUUCAGCACUGGAGGGCCCGGUGCAUGUACAUUUUAUACUGACCCUGAAGAUCCCUUUGUCACGGAGCAAUCCUUUCAGCUAAACGAGCAGUGCGUUCACAUCGACCAGAUCACAGCCGAACUCGACCCACAAGACCAACUCACCAUCACCGUGCCCCUCAAGGCUGGUUUGUCAGGUACCCACCACCACCAACAAAGUAUUGACAUUCACCACCAAGAACCAUCUUCCCUACUAGAAUCUGAUGAUGACCGGGCCUUUCAAGUCGUUCUCGAUGUUUCAAACAUUCAAGACCUGCAUGUAUCCUAUGCCAGCUGGGAAAUUCAGGUUUCAGGUGUCCGUCGUACCGGUACAUGUACUAGUAUGCAAUCAGAGGAGGACCCUGCAUUCAAGUGCUCCAUUCCGAUCGAUACACGUACGCAUGACAUUGAACACCUCAACAGCUUUCUACACCAAGGACACUUGACCAUUAUUGCACCAGUCAACGAGUCUGGAGGCUCUCGGAUCAUUGGAAUUGGAAUACAACAGAUAAUAGAGAGAGACAAAUGCAGCAGCAGGACAUGCUCAGUGUAAAACCUGGUACUAGUAUAUACACGCUAUCUACAUGUAUAGACGAUGUUUUUGGCUGACU